GUGCUACCGAACACCGGCGUAUUUAUUUUAACCGUGUGUUGAUAUUUUACGCACAGCAUGCCAAAAUUAGCAGAACUAUCGGGCGAUGAAAAUUCCAGUGAGAGCUCACGCACAUUCGUUUUCGAAGACGAAGGACACACGCUUGGAAAUGCCCUUAAAAGCAUCAUCUGCAAAUACCCUGAGGUUAACUUUUGCGGUUACACUGUGCCGCAUCCGGCAGAAAAUAAAAUGCACUUCCGCAUACAGGCUGCCAGGAACGUGCGCGCAAUCGAUGUCCUGCGCCGGGGGCUGGAAGAUCUGGAACGCGUGUGCGACCAUACGAUAGAAACCUUUGAGGCUGCGGUGGCAUUGCAUCAGGAUGCAGCGUAAAUAGAUAUUUGUCCAAGUAGCUAUCCACAAAAAAUGAAGAAAAAGCUGUAAAUAUUAAGCCAUGUGUCCG